AUGACAGCAGUUAGAGCUUUCGCCGUCGCGCUGUUCGCACUCGGCUGGGCGCUGGCCGUGGCCGCGGACAACGUCACGACCAGCUCGUCGUCGUCUCCGGCGCCGGCGCCGCCUCCGGCCGUGUGGCAGCGGGGGCACGCGACGUUCUACGGCGGAGCAGAUGCCUCCGGGACCAUGGGCGGCGCGUGCGGGUACGGCAACCUGUACUCGCAGGGCUACGGGUCGCGCACGGCGGCGCUGAGCACGGUGCUCUUCCAAGACGGUGCUUCCUGCGGGCAGUGCUACAAGAUCGCGUGCGACCGCAAGACGGACCCGACGUGGUGCCGGCCCGGCGUGACGGUCACCGUCACUGCCACCAACUUCUGCCCGCCCAACUGGGAGCUCCCCGACGGCGGGUGGUGCAACACGGCGCGGCCCCACUUCGACAUGGCGCAGCCAGCGUGGGAGAAGAUCGGCGCCGACACCCGCGCCGGCAUCAUCCCCGUCAUCUACCAGAGGGUCCCGUGCGCGAGGAGGGGCGGGGUGAGGUUCACCAUCAACGGGCACGACUACUUCAACCUGGUGCUCGUGACCAACGUCGCCGCGGCUGGCUCCAUCAAGUCCAUGGACGUCAGGAGCUCCGACUCGGCCGACUGGCAGCCGAUGGCGCGGAACUGGGGCGCCAACUGGCACUCCCUGGCGUACCUCAGCGGGAAGAGGCUCUCGUUCAGGGUGACCACCACGGAUGGCCAAACCCUCGAGUUCACGAACGUAGUGCCGCCUGGAUGGACGUUCGGCCUCACAUUCGCAAGCAACUUGCAGUUCAAAUAAGAACUUCGUUGGGAUUUACCUGUUAUUGAUGAUCCGAGGGAAUCAAAUCCGUAUACACUGUGAAAAAAAAUGGUCUUAAUAAGUUGCUCAUGUUGUACACUACUUGAGACGACACUGGCAGCAUGCUGCGUGUGUGUAUAUAUACCCCAAUUGCAGAAUUGAAUUGUAACUCUGGUUUUA